AUGUUGGAGAGAGGAGCUGAAAAAGAAAAGAGUCAAAACUCAAAAGUGUCACUAUAUCCUACUGCUCCGUCUCUCUCUGCUAGUUGCGGCAAGCGUGGUUGGAUUGUUUCGCGUACUUUGGUAAUGGGUCGUGCUCUGGCGCUCUCGUCGGCUCCUCCAACGUUCAUUCUUAAGUGUUUAUCUCUGUUACUAUAUCCGUCAAGUCCAAAGCAGUGA